UUAGAUAUCAAUAAAAGUUUAUUGCCGUCAGGUAUCAAACAACCCGACAGCGCCCUCGAUCGGGACGGGUAGAGCGGGCAUAGGUGCUGCCCGGCCGCGUCGUCGGCGGGCCGCUCGGGCCGCGCUCCGGGGCCGUCGCCGCCGCUCCCGUCGCCGCCCGCCGCGCGCGACGGAACCGACGAAACCAUGCCGCAGGAGCGCUACCUCUUCCGCGGGUCGCUGCUCAACAAGGCGAACACGGACAAGGACUUCCUCCUGCGCUACGCCGAGGACGAGCUGACGAACGGGUCCAAGGAUGGCGGCGACAAGCUGCCGGAGAUCCGCAAGCGGGCCAAGGAGGCCAAGGAGGCCGAGGAGGAGGACGAGCGCAUGCAGCGCAACUCCGUCAUCGACAUGACCGCGCUCAUGAAGGUCAAGAACGUCUUCAAGAACAAGAUCUGCGGCGACAUCUUCUCGAGCGCGCCCAAGUCCUACGACGGCGUCCUCUACAAGAGCCGCAUCACGACGUCGAAGGAGACGUCCGAGGCCGUGGACACGAUGACCAUGGACAUGGACGACCACGACGACGACUCCGACUCGCUCGAGCGCGGCAGCCACGACUCGCGGCCCAUGAGCCGCGAGGCCGCCGACGAGCUCAUGAAGUUGGGCGCCGAGAGCUCGACGCAGGCCGAGCUCGAGGGCCACGACAUCGAGGCCGUCUCCAGCGACGACGAGUCCGAGCCCGAGGACAUGACGCAGCGGCAGCAGCUCGCGGUGACGCUGCGCAACUACUGCAAGCGCGAGGGCAACGUCGGCUACCUGCUCGAGGAGGGCGCCGUCGUCGCGCUCUGCGGCCUGGCGUCCAUCGACGACGACCGCAUCCGCUGCGCGUGCGCGGUCGCGCUGUCGAACCUCACGCGGCGCCGCGACCACCUCCAGGCGCUGUUGGCGUCGGGCGUCAUGGUCGCGGUGCUCCAGCUCGCGACGUCGCUGCCGUCGGCGACGUCGAAGCGCAACGCGCUCAUCUCGGGCCGCAUGGAGAGCGGGCGGAUCCACCGCAAGGGCUCGCGCGAGGACAAGCGCGAGACGUCCGGGCUCCGCGUCGCGCUGCACUGCGCGCGGACGCUCGCGAACCUGUCGUGCUGCGCCGGCGGCGAGGCGUCGCUCGUGGGCGACGGCAUGGUGCCCGCGUGCCGGCUGACCCUGGCGCACGGCCCGCGGACGGCCGCGCCCUACUGCGUGCAGGCGCUCUACAACCUGACGACGGUCGCGGAGCCCUACGACGGCCUCGACACGGUGAUCAAGGCCGUCUGCGCCAUCCCGCUCACGCCGGCCAUGGACGCGCGCCAGGUCGCCGUGGGCGCGUGCUGCAACGCGUCCGUGUUCUUCAAGCUGCGGAGCCGGCUCCUCGAGGCGGGCGCGCUCCAGACGCUCGCGACGAUCGUCCAGGCCGACGCCGUGAGCGACGCCGUGAGCCGCAAGUUCCCCUUCGACUCGCGGCUGCGCAACUCCGUGUCCGCCUGCCUCCACAACCUGGCGUCCGCGCGCGCGUGCCGGUCGGACAUGGUCGCGCGCGGCGCGGUGCCCGCGCUCGCGCUCCUCGCGAACGACGAGGACCCGGAGCUCCUCAGCGCGAUAUCAGCGACGCUGUCGAAGCUGACGCGGGACGUGUCGAGCCGCCAGCGCCUCGUCAACGACGGCGGCCUCGAGACCGCGCGCGCCGUCGCGCUCCACUGCCGGGGUUUGGCGUCCGCGACGCAGCCGCUCACGGAGGCGCUGCUCAACAUGACGCGGCGGCCGGGGUCCGUCGCCGGCGUCGUCGCGCGGACCUACGACCCCGCGCCCGGCGGCCGGCGGCGCGGGCGGCGCACGGCGCUGGGCAUCGCGGGCCGGUCGCUCACGAAGUACGACCCGGCGUUCGACCCCGGCGCGACGGCGCGCGGCGGGUCCUUCGACGACGGGGACCAGGCGGGCGCCGUCGACGACGGCUCCGUGGACAGCGCGAACCGCAGCAGCGUGGUCAUGAGCGGCAUCGUCGUCGCGGACGUGAUCAUCGCCCUCGCGCGCGUCAACGACGUGAAGACGCGGCGCGGCUGGGCGCGCGCGCUCGCGCAGAUUUUGGACGAGCCCGAGUCGCACGGCCCCAUGCUCACGGGCAAGGCGCUGACGCCCGUCAUCAACCUCAUGCGGUCCCUGGCGUCCGCGGGCGAGGCGUGCCCGGAGGCCGCGUACACGGACCCGGCGGCCAUCGAGGCGCUGGCGCUCGGCCUCUACUACAUGACGCUCGGCGAGCACACGGAGCGCAUCGUCGUGGACGUCGGCGUGGGCAGCGCCAUGGUCGACCUGCCGGAGUGCCUCGAGGUGGCCAUGGCCGUCCACGGGUCCGACGACGUCGCCGCGGGCGACCGGAAGAACGUCAUGCGGGGCCUGCUCGAGGCCGAGGACCCGCUCAAGGAGCGCGUGCUCGGCUGCGUGUCCCACGCGCUCUGCAACCUGACGGUCGCCGUGUCGCCGUCGGCGCUGAAGCGGCUCGUGGACGACGGCGCCCUGAAGGCGCUGACGAAGAUGCUCAAGAGCGGCAUCCUGAGCGUCCAGGCGAGCUGCGCGACGGCGCUCGCGAACAUCGCGUUCUCGCGGUCCGUGCGCGACGCCUUCACGGAGGGCGGCAUGUGGAGCCCCAUCACGGACGUGGCGCGCGUGUUGAUUCGCCACACGCACGAGGACACGGACCUCCACGGCUUCACGGGCGGCUUCGCGGGCGAGUGGGUCGAGGCGUGCAACGGCGCCCUGGUCGGCGGCUGCUGCGCGGCGCUGGCGUCGCUGAGCUUCGAGCCCGAGGCGCGCGCCCAGCUCCAGGAGGCGGGGGCGCUCGGGGCCGUGCUCGAGAUCUGCCUCACGUGCCAGUCGAACCUGACGAGCGUCGUGGAGACGAUCACGACGCGGCGCUGCGCGACGACGCUCUGCAACAUCUCCUCGGACAACAACGAGACGCGGCGCUGCCAGCUCGUCGAGCAGGGCAUCGUCAGCGCGCUCGCGCGGCUCAGCGAGUCCUACUCGGAGGACAUGCAGAACGACAUCGCGCGGUGCCUCUGCAAUCUGGCGUGCGCGGCGGACACGCCGCAGAACGCCGUGCCGACGCGGCGCUGCUGCGCCCAGGCCUUCUGGAACAUCUGCACGCCGCCGACGCUGACGUACCUGCUCGAGGCGGCCAUCGAGGCGCGCGAGCGCGAGGCCCGGCGCGCGUCCGUCGCCGCCGACGACGCGAAGAAGAAGAAGGAGCCCGGUGGCGGCGGGCUGCGGGCGCUGCAGCCGAACAUGGGCUUCGUCCACGCCUUCGCGCUGCUCGCGGCCCAGGACGACGAGCCGACGCUCGCGCUCGUCGGCGCGCUCUUCGCGGCGGUCGCGGACCGGUCCUGCGGGCGGCGCGUGCUCGUGGAGGCGAAGAACAAGGUGCUCCACGGCAUGUACACGCUCCUCCGCUCGCGGACGCGGUCGACGCGGCUCACGGCGGGGCUCGCGGUGUGCUCGCUGCUGACGCACGGCGAGUCGGCGCCCGAGGCCGUGCGGACGGGCGGGCUCAACGUCGUCAAGGUGCUGGCCAUCCAGGGCGACGACGACGCGGCGCUGGCGUCGGCCCACGCCCUCGCCGCGCUGGGCGCGCGCGGCGACCCCUACGAGAUCCGGCGCCUCGUCAACGACGGCGUCGCGCCCGUGCCCGUGCACCUCAUCAUGUCGCACGGCGCGGACGUGGCCAUGGUCGCCGUGCGCGCGAUCACGUGCCUGGCCAUCCACGAGGAGCUGCGGGCGCCCCUGGUCAAGGCCGGCGCGGCGACGGCGCUCGUGUCCGUGUGCCUCCGGGACGCGGCGACGCGCGACGAGCUCGCGGACGCGCUCGCGCGCGGGCUGCUCUACCUCGCGUCGUCCCACGACGAGGUGCCGGCCAUCGUGUCCCAGCGCGCCGUCACGGCGCUGGUGAUCUUAGGCCGCCACGUCGCGGGCCGGCGGCGCAACGGGAGCCUGCCGGAGCUCUUCCGCGACGUGCCGCGCAUGUGCGUCGCCGCGAUCCAGCAGUUCACGUUCUGCGACGAGGUCCAGCCGGAGAUCGUCGGCGACGGCGGCGCCAUGCUCGUCGUGGAGCAGAUCUGCGGCGAGGGCGUCACGGCGGCGGAGCGGGCGCCCGUGGCGCCGGACGCGGCCGUCGCGCUCGCGAACCUCGCGCGGACGGAGCGGCUCGCGACGGACCUGCUCGAGGACGGCGCGGGCGAGGCGGCGCUCGUGCUGACGGGCGAGCCGGGCGUCGCCGACGACCGCCACGGCACCUGGCGCAUCCUGACGACGCUGUUCCACCUGACGCUGUACUCGGCGCGGCACCGCGAGCAGCUCAUCGCCGACGGCGCGGUCGCGCGCGUCGCCGCGCUCGUCCCCGCGUGCCGGGGCCCCGCGCGCCAGUGCGCCGCCGCGGCGCUGUGCAACCUGAGCUUCUGCAAGGCGGCGAACGCGCGCGAGGCCAUGGUGGAGCAGGGCGCGGUGCACGCGCUCGUCCACAUGGCGGAGCACUUCUCGAACGAGACGACGCAGAACUGGUGCUCCGUGGCGCUGAGCAACCUGAGCAGCCACACGGACGUGCAGCCCGGCGACGUCGCGGCGCUGCUGGGCAUCACCUUCGGCCCCGCGGAGGACGGCGGCAUCCCCAUCGCGUCGCUCGCGACCGCGUCGGCCGCGUCCGCGGCCGCGAGCCCGUCGAAGCGGCAGCUCAAGCGCGAGGGCGACGCGCUGGAGCCGGGCCACGAGUCCCACGGCGGCCACGGGUUGGACCACCACGGGCUGCUGGGCGAGGGCGGCGGUGACCACGGGCUGCUGGGCGACGGCCUCGAGAUCGCGGGCCUCGAGGGCGAGGACGCGUCGCUCGCGUCGUCCGUGACGAUCCAGCCCAAGGCCGUGACGCGCGCCAUGUCCGGCAAGGUGCGCACGAUCCUCGGCGCGUCGGGCAUGGGCAAGCACGCGAGCGUCGCCGAGCUGCUGAAGAUCCCCGAGGACGACGGCAACCUGCUCCGCCAGCGGCCGCCGGAGCCGGACUGGUUCUCCGUGAGCCGCGAGCACCACGAGGCCUUCGCGACGCAGGCCCUGCGAAAGAUGGCCUCCAAGGCCUGCGCGGACACGCUCCCGCCGCGGCGGUCCGCGGGCCUCGCGGAGCAGGAGCGCGGCAACACGAUGCUCGAGAACGUGACGCCCCCGGCGCUCGUGGAGACGUUCAUGGACGUCGCGGUCCAGCAGGACACGAUCGGCGGCGACGACGCCUUCGCCGCCGACGACAUCAUCCCCAUCGCCUUCCCCAAGCUCCCCGAGCGGCCCGACCUCGCGCCGCCGGCCGUCCGCGUCGACGAGCACCAGCGCAUCCUCAACCUCGCGUCCGAGUCGGGCCACGACGUCGACACGAGCCACAAGAAGCACAAGAAGCACGGCCACCACCACGACCACGACGACUCCAUGGCGUCGACGCCCCCGCCGGGGUCCGCGGACUCGAGCCACCCGCCGCGCUCCGCCGAGUCGACGUGA